CUGAGUACCAUUAGCUAGUUUCAAACUACAUACAAAGAGAUGGACUCUUCUCCCCUUAUUUGGUCAAGCUUUCUCUUACUACUAUCUCUAGUUUUAUUCCUGAAAAGGAAAAACUGGAGGACUGAAAAUGGCAACAAGAACCGACCUCCAGGGCCACCGAGAUGGCCACUUGUCGGUAACAUUUUCGAUCUUGGAACUCUGGCGCACCGGAUUUUAUAUGAGCUUAAAUUCAAGUAUGGACCAGUGCUGCGGCUAAGAAUAGGAUCAGUGGACACGGUGGUAAUACAAUCAGCGAAGGCUGCAAUGGAGCUGUUCAAGAACCAUGACGCCAGCUUCUGUGACCGAACGGUUCCCUGUGUGUUUACCUCUCACAACUACAAAGAAGGAUCACUUGCGCUAGGUCGGUUUGGGCCAUAUUGGCGAACGUUAAGGCGUAUCUGCGCUAUUGAACUCUUGGCCAACAGGCGAAUCAAUGAGACAGUCCAGAUUCGACGGAAAUGCAUCGAUGUAAUGAUACGGAGCAUCGAAGAUGAUAUGGCAGCUGGAAAAGCAAGUGGAGAAUCAGGGAAAGUGCAUAUUCCUCACUAUCUCUUCCUAAUGUCAUUCAAUUUGAUUGGUAAUCUCAUGCUAUCAAAAGACCUUUUCGAUUCAAAGUGCAAAGAAGGGUAUGAGUUCUUUGAGGCCAUGGACAAGGUCAUGGUUUGGGCUGGAACACCAAACCUUGCAGACUUUCUACCAUUCUUGCAAUGGUUGGAUCCACAAGGACUCAAAAGGAACAUGUCAAGAGACAUGGGACGUGCAAAAGACAUUGUGGCUGGGUUUGUUAAAGAAAGAAUUGAGGAUUAUAAAAUGGGGAAGAAAAAGGCUAAUAAGGACUUCCUAGAUGUGUUGUUGGAAUUUGAAGGUGAUGGUAAAGAAUGGGAAGGAAAAAUUCCAUAUGACAAAAUGAUCAUAAUCAUUUUGGAAAUGUUUUUUGCUGGGUCAGAGACUACAAGCUCGACAAUGGAAUGGGUAAUGGCAGAGCUAUUUUCUAAUCCUGAAGCUUUGAGAAAAGUUAAAGAUGAACUCGACGCAGUUGUUGGAGAAAACAGGAAAGUUGAAGAGAGUGACAUAGACAAAUUGCCAUAUCUACAAGCUGUUAUAAAGGAAACAGUUAGAUUACAUCCUGUAAUUCCUUUACUCAUUCCAAGAAACACAAUAGAAGAUACAAAUUUUAUGGGUUACCAUAUAUCUGAAGGCACUCAAGUUCUUGUAAAUGCAUGGGCAAUAGGGAGAGAUCCUGAAUCUUGGGAGGAUCCAAUGAAUUUCAAGCCUGAGAGAUUUUUAGGUUCAAAUAUUGAUUACAAGGGGCAGAAUUUUGAGCUCAUUCCUUUCGGGUCAGGAAGAAGAAUAUGUGUGGGCAUGGGAUUGGCUCAGAGAGUAGUUCCACUUGGUGUGGCCUCUCUAUUGCACAAUUUUGAGUGGGAUCUACAUUCUCAGACUUUAGACAUGAGUGAAAGGAUGGCAAUAACAGUGAGAAAACUCAUACCCUUGAAUUUAGCAUGCAGGAAACGUCCAACGAAAUCUAGCUAGGUUAAUUUAAUUUAGCUUAUGGUCACAUAAUCUAGUAUUAUAUGCAUUAGAAUAAUAUCAUUUAAUAACCAUUUUGUGGUCUACAUCUAGCGUAUAAAGUUCUAGAUGUGUAAUAGUAUAAUUUCGUUGGAACGAUCAUUUGCUUGUUUGGAAAUGUGAAGAAAGCCACAAAGAAAGAUUUACAAUAAUAAAAUUUCUCCUUGAGCAUCUCCAAAACUAUAAA